AUUUGUGGAAAAUAUCCCGGAAGUACUUGAAAAUCAUGUGUUAGUUAUUCAGGAAGAAGCGACAGCGUUUAGCAAAACCUUGCAAGCGAUACAGUCAUGCAUAAAUGUACAUUCGGGAGUCUGUUUUUCAUGGCAGGUGUAUCAUCUGUGGCAUCAAUACCUGCAAACUGGACAUUGUCAAUGAAUGUAUGUAAAAUCAUCGGCCAAAGACCUGCCAAAGACAACGAUAUUGUCAAUAAACAUGUCUGGAUUGGAGCAGCCAAAUAUCGUUAUAAUAUGGGUGAGGUGUACUUACAGAUAACAGAAGAAAAUAGAAACAGAACUUGCACUGGCACAGAUGGUUCCUGUCCGAACACUGACGAUUGCGAGUUUUGUGACAUUCGUAUGCCUGGUUUCAAGCCAUCCUUGAAUAUGCUUUAUAACCUUACACCAAACAUUAAGUAUGUAGUGGCAGAUUUCAGCAGUAUAGAAGAACUUCCAGAGCCAAACCUAUGCUUAUUGAAUACAGUAAACUUUACCAAAGAAUAUGUUUCAUGCAAAAUGAAGUAUGAAGAUGGAUGUAGAUCUACAGACAAUUUCUCAAAUUUGAAGAUAAUUCUUCAAAAUAACCAUAACCGUUCUAUGGAGUCUUCUUCAGAAAGCGGUAAAGUAUGGGUUAAUGAAGUAUAGAGGGAUGCAUCGGUGUGUAAACGUUGCGUUGAUACCCCUGUUUGCAUGUAUCAAGUCGUUGCUUCCUUUUUUUUGAAAUCAGUUGUAUAAAAAGUAUUUAGUACAAAUAAUUUAUAUUCCAAUUUCUAUCUAAAGUUUACAAAUCAUUAGUGGUGUGCGCCAGAUUUAAAAAUAUUUAACAAUUUCAAUCACAUUUCGAUGUGUAUUGUUUCUUUAUAAAAUUUUACUGUAAUAAAAACUACAAAAUUUAUGUCACCAGUUUUAAAAUGUUAUCAAACUUUAUUUUAAAAUCUAAUUGGUGAAAAUUUGCACAUGCAAUUCCAUAGUUUAAGAAAAAUGAAAUAUCUGUCACAUCAAACUACAGACCAGUUUUACUGCAGCAUUAAACAUUUUAGAGAGUCAUGUCUAUCCAUAUAUAUAAAAUAUUAAAACCCCAACAAUUUAUUUUAUAAAUAUAAGGCUGUUAUUUCGACUGAAAAAUCUACUUUUACCAACUUUUAGACAAUAAUUAUUCUAUUAUGGAAAGUAGUGAUGAUGGUAAUUACUAUUGUAUUAUUUUUUUUCUGUGAUAUUUCAAAAGCGUUUGAUAGUCUCUGUUAUAAUGGUCUCAUUCAUAAAUUAAACUUAAAAUAUGUAGAAUCUCUAAAUCAAUUCCGGAAUGGUUUAUUAGCUUUUUCUUUAGAAACAGAACAGGAAAGGUUAUGCAUAAAAAAAUAAUCAAUGGGAUACAGAAAUGCUGACGUUCUUUAGGGUAUACUUCUUGGUCUAUUGUCAGUUUUAUUCUUUAUUUUAUGGAGAUUUUUGUACUGAUAACAGUUUAUUACAACAGUGUUUUAACAAUAUUUAUACAAGAUAAUCUUAAUAACAAUCUUCAUUUGCUAAGGGCAUGAUCAAAAUAAUGGCUACAAAGCAAUUUAAUACGAUCAAAACAAAAGUUAUUUCUAGGUGCAAAAAAAUGUAGAGAAAAUUCCUGAUUUAUAUUUAGGUUGACUUAGAUUGUGUUUUGGAUAAUGUUUCAGAGCACACGUAUUUUGGAGUAUUGUUUUCUUUAUAUUAAGUUGGUCUCACCAUAUUGACAUCUUUUGGUUAUAAGCUUAGUCCUCUUAAAUUAAUUAAAUUUACUGUAUCCAGAGAUAUUUUAGCACAAACUAUGUUUUGUUUGUAAGAUCAUUACUGUAUGCUGUUGAAAUUUGGUCUGGUAGUACUCAAUUUGAUAUUGAUUAGCUUAAAAGUACUCAGAUAUAUGCGGCAAGAAUAGUUACGCGUCUUGCUGUCAUUUCAAGAUUAUUUUAUGUUUGGAAACCGGAACCAAUAUAAAUGAGACUGGACUGUUUUGAAUUAUCAACAAUGAUCAAAAUUCAUAACAAUCUAUUUCCUCCCUAUCUAAAAGACAUAACUUUUGGCAAUUGUAACGUUAUUUCCCAUUAAAAAACAUAAAUUUCUCGAGCAAUAUAUUGGCAAGAUGUAGAUAAGAGUUUUUUCCCGAUACUAUAUGUAAGAGGAUUUAUUUGAGUACUAAUAAAGGAGAGUUUACAUUAAUAAUUACUUUUAAGAAAACAUUCCAGGCAAUGUUACAAAGCCCCAAAAGUAUUUUUCUUUUGUUAAAAGAUGUUUAAACAUUAUGAAUACAAAUCAAAGACACAGUUAUAUUCUUAAUGCUAAUCUCCAUCGAUGCAGUAUAUUACCAAGCCCAUUUUUGUUUAUGUGGAGACUUAGAUGCACGUUUAAUUUUUUUAAAUUUUAUAAUAUAAUGUACAUUUAAUAUUUUGGGUGAUAAAUCUUUGUCUGUGAACGAAAUGUGAAUAUGUUUAAAAUAGUAAUUGAGUGAUUUAAUCAGAUAAAAGAAAAGGGAAAGGUAAGUCAACAGUAGAAAAACAUUUUGUUGGAAAUACUUUUUAAUGCUUCUUGUAUUUUUACAAAUGAUAUUCAAAUGCCAUUCAUAUUUUGAAUAUCUACUACAUUCCUUUAAAACAAAACACCUGAUAAUCAUUGUCUUUAUUGAUUUGUUUUCAACAUUAUCGAUUAUUUUCCAUAUUUAAAAUAUUUUUUAUAUUUUGUUUCAUUCCUGUUUUGAUUUGAGUGCAAUAAAAAGUUCCCUUUUUUGUAAUAAAAAUAUACAUUUGUUUACACUCUUUAAUAUUUUCUAAAUGACGAAAUAGAGUUCGGAAUGUUAGCUCAAGCCACUCUGCUCAAAUCUACAUUAUCUUACUGUGUUAAAUUUGUGUUGAAUUUCAGUCCAGCAUACUUAACACAAUUUGCUUUCGUCCUAGUUAGAUUAAAUCAUGCUUAUUUAUUUGAAAAUACUUAUCAUCUAAGCGUCCAUAUUUAAGGUAGUUUAAAACUGAUCAGCUAAAAUUUUCUGUAAUUCAAAUUUUCUGAUAAGGUUAUUAAAAUAAACCUGACCCGACAAGUUAUUUUUAAAACAUUACAAAUGAUUGCACUGCUAUUUGUACAGUCGACCUUUUUGUUACUUAUAAAAACAGAAAAAUAUUCUAACUAAUAACUUAACUAAAGAUGAUUUUAGUUGUAAUGCAAUGUAGAAAUAUAACAUGUAAAUCAUUUUUAGACAAACAUUUGCAGCAUUAAACGGCCUCUUAAAAACAGAAAUUGUAUAGUAUAAACCUGAACAAAAUUUAGCAAUAUUAUUGUCAUGACCCGGCAAUUAACAUAUAUUAAAAUAAUAAGCAUAUUUGACAGUGGAGUUUAGAUCAAUUAAGGUCUAAGUACAUGUGACGGAUGUCAAAAUUGAUACAAUUCCUAAAUGACGUCAUUAUAGUUGACCUUUUUAUAUGACCUUGACAUUAAGGUAAGGUUUGCGGUUACAGGGAGAUAACUCACACAUUUUCAUUGUGACGUAACACCAACUACCCUUUAUUUCAGUUAUGACGUAAAAAUUUAUAUGACGUCAUAAUUGAUUUUUUUUUUUAGGUUUUUUUUAUUUCGCGGUUUUUUUUAGUUUUAAUGAAAAAAUAAGAAGACACAAGCAUUUUAUCAAUUUCUACGAAAACGAAAUCCGCAUCAUAUGGUUUUGAAUAGUGUUUUAGAAACAUCAGAUUACACAUAUUCUAAGAUACGUUUUUCCUGAAAUCGGUGGACUUGGAAAGGUUUCAAAUAAGAUGUUUUCGUUUACAUAAUAGUAGUCCAAAAUUAAGACUUUUGUUGCAUUUUAUUCUAUUUUUAGAUAGUUCAUCAGAAAUUAAUAAAAGUGAAUCAUGAUAAUAAUAGUGAUAUUAUUUUCGAACAUUUUAAGCAUAAAUAACCCCCAUAAUAGUAACAAAUAAAAUGUACAUAUUUUCACGAAAUUGUUUACAUUUCAUCAAAAUGAAAAUUGGAAAUCAUGAACUUUGACCUUUUGUAGUUAUAAAACGGGAGGGGCAAAAUUCAUUUGAAUUUCAUGAGAAAAAAGACUUUAGUAUAUUGAACAAAAUGGUAUGUAACUUUGGUACAACCUCUAAAAAAUGCAAGCCGCAAACCUUACCUUCAAUAGACAUAACGUUUGAACACUGGUUGGUGAUUGUGGCCAAAUUUCAGGUCUUUACUAUGAACAGAAUUUUCAAAAUUAGUAUAAUAAAUUAAACUUUAACCCACAAUGUCAAAUUGUUAUAUUGAUUUGUAGCAAUGUUUUGAAGAGUUUUGAAUCAGGAUUUAUUCAUCGUGUCAUCCAAAUUGAUUUUACAGCAAUGAUUGGACUGACGUUAAAGUUUUUGUAAGUUCUAAUAGAUAAGCAAAUCAGUAAGCGGGAGAUCACUCUUACACCA